AUGGAUAGAAUAGAAUUUACCGUUAACAAGAAAAAAUAUUCUGUGGGCCAUGAAGUAGAUUCAGAUGUAACGAUAAACGACUAUCUUCGUGACCAGCUUAACUUGCGUGGCACCAAGUAUAUGUGCCAGCAGGGGACAUGCGGUUCCUGUAUUGUUAACGUCACCAACAACGACAUCUAUGGACAUCGACGUACCUUCUCUGUUAACUCUUGUUUGGUAUCUAUAACGCAAUGCGAUGGAUGGGAUAUAACGACCAUAGAAGGUAUCGGCGACAGGCAGAAUUAUCAUCCCGUACAGAAAACCCUGGCGAAGUACAACGGCACACAAUGUGGUUACUGCAGUCCUGCUUGGGUUAUGAGCAUGUAUAGUUUACUCGAGGAAAAUAACUACAAACUAACUCGAUACCAAAUAGAAGAUUCUUUUGGCAGCAAUACGUGCAGAUGUACUGGAUACAGACCGAUACUUGACGCUUUCAAAAGUUUCGCCUGCGACGCUCAUGAAGCAAACCUCACUGACAUCGAGGAUCUGAAAACUUGCAGUGACAAAGAUAAAUGUGAACUUGAUAAUAACUGGUGUUUGUUACACAAAGAGAACAUUAAUAAGAAUAAAAGAAUACCUUUAAAAGAUGAUAGAAUUUGGUAUAGAGUUAAAGAAAUAAGAGAUGUUUUUGAAAUAUUUAGUACUGAAGGUACAAACUCUUACAUGUUAGUUAAUGGGAAUACUGGACGCGUUUCUGCUUCAUCAAUAGACGAAGUAACACCCGAGACUUUUCUAAAAAUUGAUAUGACUGGUCGAAUAAUCACACAGAUCAAAUUACCUCCACUGUCUCAUAAUUGUGAGUUUGUUUCUUUUAAGAUUAUGCCUCGAUCACAAAAUGCUCAUGCUCAAGUCCACUCAGCUUUUCUUUACGAACUAGACGUGGAUCAUGAAACAGUAAAAUCUGCGAGAAUAGUCUACGGAGGUCUCUCUGGUAAAUUUAUACAUGCAGUAAAAACUGAGACCUGUCUUAUUGGAAAGAAAAUAUUUACAAAUGAAACUUUGCAACUAGCGCUUGAAGUUUUGAACGGAGAAUUGAUAGUAGAAGAGAUAAGAGGGUAUUUGUCGCCGGAGUAUAGAAAGAAAUGUGCUCUCGGCUUAUUAUAUAAGGGUUUACUAUCUUUAAUUCCUGAAACAAAAUUAGCUCCUAGAUAUCGAUCAGGUAAAAGAGAUUUAAGAAAAACAAGGCCUCUAUCCUCUGGGAAGCAAGAGUAUGAUACAAAUCCUACUCUUUGGCCACUAAAUGAACCCAGGCCAAAAUUAGAAGCACUAAUUCAAUGUUCAGGAGAAUCUGUUUAUGUUAAUGACACUCCAACUUUACCAAGAGAAGUUUUCUGUGCGUUCGUUCCUUCUGAAAUCAGUGUUGGUGAAAUUGAAUGUAUCGAUCCGUCCAUAGCAUUAGGACUAUCUGGUGUACUAGCAUUCCUAUCGGCAAAAGAUAUACCUGGAUCAAAUAACUUUGUGCCUCUCAAUAUUGAAAGUGGACUGGUUCCCGAAGAAAUUCUAUGUGAACGAGAUGUUAAAUAUUACAAUCAACCAAUAGGCAUCAUCAUAGCUGAAACAGAAAAGAUAGCUAACAGAGCUGCUUUGAUAGUUAAAGCAAAAUACAAAAACGUAAAACAACAGCCAGUUUUAACAAUAAGGGAAGUAUUAGACAGAGAACCUGAACGUGUAACAGUUUUUAUAGUCUACCCUGCAAGAGAUAAAGGAUUGAAUGUGCAGAGGAUUAUGAAAGGAUCAAAUAAUAUAUUUGCACAAUACCAUUACCACAUGGAGACACAGUCGUGCGUCACCAAGCCAAGUGAGGACGGUAUUGAUGUGAUUGCUUCAACACAAUGGCCUGAUCAGAUUCACGUCGCAAUUUCACAGGUGUUAAAUAUUGAACAAAGCAGAAUUAAUCUGACAGUACCACGUCUGGGCGGUGCGUACGGUGCUAAAAUAUCCCGCAACUGCCUCAUCGCCAGCGCCUGUGCUCUCAGCACGUACUUUACCAAUCGACCUUGCCGCUUCGUUAUGUCCAUGCAGGCUAAUACUCGGAUUGUUGGUAAACGGAACCCUUGUAUGGUAGAUUAUGAGGUUGGAGUAAAUGACACUGGGGAAGUACAGUAUUUGGAAUAUCAUUUGUAUUCAGACAAUGGAUACGUUGUUGGCGAUCCUGUCCUUUUAUUUGCUAUCUCUGCGGUAAAGAACUGCUACGACAACAGAAGAUGGUCUUAUAAGUUAUUCAAUGUUACUACUGAUACUGCUUCUAAUACCUAUGCCAGAUCUCCAGGUGAACUUGAAGGUAUAGCUAUGACUGAGCAUAUAAUGGAACGUAUAUCUUACGAACUGGAUAAAGAUCCUUUAGAAGUACGUUUGAAUAAUUUAAAUCCACAAUAUUCAGAUUUAGCUGAAAUUGUUGCGAUGAUUGUAGAGACCAGUGAAUAUCAUAAAAGGAAAGAAGAAGUACAGGCUUUUAAUAAAUUAAAUCGUUGGAAGAAACGAGGUCUUCGUGUUGCUCUGAUGAGUUGGCCUGCGUCAACUGUGAUGGACUUUCAUGUUUUAUUAGCAGUGUACCACGGUGAUGGUUCUGUGAUUGUAAGACAUGGAGGUAUAGAAAUCGGUCAAGGUAUUAACACGAAAGUAGCUCAAACAGUCGCUUAUGUACUACAAAUACCUUUACAUAAGGUAAAGAUUAAAUCAACAGAAGUUUCUGCUACACCUAAUUCCAAUAUCACUGGUGGAAGUCGGACAACUCACGCAGUAUGCUUUGGUGUUACCAAAUGCUGUCAACUACUUCUAGACAGAUUAUCUACAGUUAGAGAGACAAUGAAUAAUCCUACGUGGGAAUUACUAAUACAAACUGCAUUCUUGCGUGGUAUAAAUCUGCAAACAAGUUACAGAGUGACUCCGAAUGAUGAAGAAAUUUUUAGAGUACCAGGAGCUGCCGUGGUAGAAGUGGAACUAGAUAUAUUAACAGGAGAGCAUGAUAUUUUAAGAGCAGAUAUAUUACAAGAUGCUGGAUUUAGUAUAAAUCCAGAAUUAGACAUAGGGCAGAUUGAGGGAGCAUUCAUAAUGGCGACUGGAUACUGGACUUGUGAGGAUUUGAUAUACGACAAAAAGACUGGAGAGUUGCUCACAGACCGCGCGUGGAACUACCACGUGCCUCUAGCUAAAGACAUUCCAAUUGACUUCAGAGUCAAACUGAGACCGAACUCAUUUAAUCCGAUUGGUGUUUUUGGAGCAAAAACAACAACAGAGCCGCCGAUGUGUUUAGCAGUGAGCGUGGCGUUUGCUUUGAGGGCUGCUAUAGUUUCAUCAAGAGAAGAAACCGGAUACCCUAGGACUGAAUGGUUUCAUCUUGAUGGACCAUUUACUCUGGAGACAAACGUUUUAAAAGCUGAUGUUAAUUUGAAGGAGUUCUUGUUUUAUUAA